CCACAAACGCCAACUAUCGCGCACGCUACUUUCUCGCCAUCCCGGACAUAUUACAUACCACCAGGACGCUCGAUCGCCGCCUCCACCUCAUGCGCCCAAUCUUCGACUGCCUCUCCCAUGCGGCUCCCUCUCGUUUUCCGAUGCAACACGCCGCUACCAGCACGAGCGCGACAAUCACCACGCGCCUCAUAUCCUUGAGCCUGGACGGCGGACCUCAUUAAACUGCCUGCGCAAUUACUGCACCUUCGCACAGCUGCGCUCACAUCGUCGCCAUGUCGCGCAGCGCAUCGCCGGGCGUGUCCGGCCUAACGGAUCCGACCCAACGGCGAUUUCGAGGCAGCGCAAAGAUUUCUGAGUAUGAGAUUAUGAAAGAGAAGUUGGGAGAAGGCACAUUCGGCGUGGUCAGCAAGGCCAAAUCAAAACGUACAGGCGCCGUUGUUGCGCUGAAGAAAAUCCUCAUGCAUAACGAAAAGGAGGGAUUCCCUAUCACGGCGUUGCGAGAGGUCAAGCUGUUGAAGAUGCUCAGUCAUCCUAAUAUCCUGCGACUGGAAGAGAUGGCUGUGGAAAGGCAGCAAGGCGACGACAAGGGCAAGAGCGGAAAGAAACGCGCCACGCUUUAUAUGGUCACGCCAUACAUGGACCACGAUCUCAGCGGCAUGCUGACGAACCCGGACAUCCGAUUCACAGACGCCCAAGUGAAGUGCUACAUGCUACAGCUGUUGGAAGGCGUGCGAUAUCUGCAUGAUUCGCACAUCUUGCAUCGAGACAUGAAAGCUGCCAACAUCCUUAUCUCUAAUAAAGGCAUACUGCAAAUUGCUGAUUUCGGCUUGGCACGACACUACGAGGGCGAAACACCAGUUCCCGGCCAAGGAAACGGCAAAGCGACAAGAGACUACACAAGCUUAGUCGUUACGCGUUGGUACAGGCCGCCAGAGCUUCUGCUGACCCUGAAGAGAUACACUCCCGCGAUCGACAUGUGGGGCGUUGGAUGCGUGUUCGCAGAAAUGUUCGAACGAAAGCCUAUUCUAGGAGGCGCAUCAGAUAUUGAUCAAUGCGUCAAGAUUUUCAAGCUUCUUGGCUCGCCGACGCAAGAAAGUAUGCCUGGCUGGAAUGAGCUUCCUGGUUGUGAAGGUCGAAAUACCUGGGACAAGCAGCAAGGUGAUAUCGAUCAACGAUUUGGACGCCUAGGUCCGGAGGGACUGCAUCUUCUCAAGUCUAUGCUGUGCUUGGAUUGGAGGAGGCGAAUCAACGCCAUCGAUGCAUUGCAGCAUAAAUAUUUCAAGGUCGCACCCUUGCCUCUCAAGCCGGAAGACAUCCCACGAUACGAAGACAGCCACGAAUUGGAUUCGAGACGACGUGGCAAGCAGGAGAACCAGCGUGCUCUACCUCCCGCCCCCGCUGGUGGAACGGUCGGCAUGGGACCAGAUGAAUGGGGUCAUGGCCCACCCAAUGGCUCAUACCAAAAUGGAUACGAUAGAAGUCGAGGCUAUGGUCGCGAGCGAGGGGCACCAGCCCGUUACGACGAUCGGAGGCAGCCACCUCUUCCACCCGGUGGUGGCCGACAGCCUACACACCGCGAACGAGAUCCUCGAGAUCGUUUACCUGCGCCUCCGAAUGGACAUGCGCUGCCCCCGCGUCCGGAUGGCCUGCCUCCUCGGCCACCGGUCGGCAUGGCAGAUAGAGGGCCUCCACCUGGACCACCGCCGGCACGACGAGAUUUGGGACCAAAUGUCGACACAUACAUCCCGAGCUACCCGAGCGGUGGUCGUCAAUAUGAUAGCAGGGCGCCGCGAGACGACUAUGAUCGCCCACCACGUCGAGAUAGCCGGGAGCGCGAGCCAGGCUACAGAGACUCCGAUGUUCCGCGAUAUCGCGACGCGGAUGCUCCACCUUCCCGACAGUAUCGGGAUACGGACGCGCCGCGACCUGAUGGACGAGACGACCCAUACCGCGAGCGUGACCGACGCAGAGAUUAUCCUCCUGACUCACGGCGCACGAGAAGUCGUAGUCCAGAGAGGGAACGACGAGAACGAACAGAGAGAUUGCAGCACAGGGAGCGGGAAUUAUACCGGCGGUGAUUUGGGCGGUACUUGGUGAAUUGUCGUUGAUUAGUGUAGCGUUCUAGCGUAAGAAUUCGUAGCGCGAAGCAUGCAUGUAUAUUCUUCGGAGAAUGAAAAGGACAG